UGUGUGUUAAAUUUCAACGCAUUGGGAUCUAGAAGGUAGAUAUGGUGGUCUUCACAAUUCUUAUUACUAGUGCUGUUUUUGUUUCUUACCUGGGAUCCAUAGUCUGUUUUACCCAGAGAAGAGAUCUGCCAAUAUCAACUGAUGCAUUGUCAGGACACAACCUGAAUUCAAACAGCGAGGAAAUCCCAUGGAAUGAUAUCCGACUUCCAAAAUCAAUCAUUCCAAUCGAAUACGACAUAUUUUUGCAUCCCAACCUCACAACAUGGGAAUAUUUUGGCAGAAUGGAAAUAAAAUGUGUGGUUCGUAACACAACGAAUUUCUUUGUUCUUCAUUCCAAACGCUUGGUCCUCUCUACGUUUACAGUAGAAUCCUUACCUACCAACGAAACGAACAAAGUUGAAAGAUACUUUUAUAACAUUCGGACUGACCAGCUUUAUGUUGAGGUAGAGAACAGUUUACUCCAAGAUACAGAAAUUGUAAUCAAGAUUGAAUUCAAAGGAAGUUUGAAGAAUUGGAAUGGAUAUGGCUUCUUUGCAUUUGAAUACUUUGACACAGACAACGUCACAAGAGUAAUGGCCUCUACUAUGUUUGAACCAAUAGGAGCCCGUCAGGCAUUCCCAUGUUUUGACGAACCAGAGAUGAAGGCCAUGUUUUCUAUCGCAAUAGUUCGGGACCGUACCUAUAUUUCCCUUUUCAACAUGCCUUUGAUACAUUCUACGCCAUUUGGGGAUAACCUUCUAUUGGACACUUACCAGAGGAGUGUCAGGAUGAGCACAUACCUGGUGGCUUUUGCUGUGUGUGACUAUGCAUCCCUGUCAGGUCAAAGCAAAACUGGCAUAAAUGUAACAGUGUACACCCCACAUCAUAAAAUUGACCUUGCUCAUUAUGCUCUUCAUGUAGCUGUAACAGUUUUGGAUUAUUUUGACAAUCUCUUCGGCAUUGCAUACCCCAUUCCAAAACUAGAUUUAAUAGCUGUUCCACAUCUUAAAGGCGUAGCUAUUGAAAACUGGGGGUUGAUAAUGUCCGACAUGUCUGCACUUUUGUAUGAUCCGCUUCAUCCAAAAUAUAAAGACAUGCAUCUGUGGUUUGGUAAUCUAGUUACCAUGCAGUGGUGGAAUGACCUUUGGCUGAAUGAGGGACUCAGCACCUAUAUGUCGUAUGUUGGAAUGCAGGCAGUGAACGACACCUGGAGUGUGGAAAAUGAAUUCAUGAUGCGGUCGGUAUCAAUGAAUUGUGAAUAUGUAAAAGGCUAUCCUCCAUUAGUUCAUCCUGUCAUGGUCCCAGAUGAGACAGAAUUUAACUGUAUGGUGUAUGCCAAGGGAGGGGCUUUUAUUAAUAUGCUCCGAAGUGUGUUGGGUCAAGAAAACUUUAACAGUGGCAUAAAGAGUUAUAUAGAGAGGAAUAAAUACAGUUCUGUUGUGACGGACGACCUCUGGCAAGCAUUAUCAAAUGAUAAUAUAGAUGUGGGGUUUUUAAUGGAUACUUGGGUGAGGAAAUCGGGAUAUCCUUUAGUAACAGUCAGUCGACAAGACUCACUAGUCAACAUUUCACAGAGCAGAUACUUCCCCAGAAACUUCUCAGGAAACGGCGGAUCCCAUUCAACUGAAAGCAGAUGGGUUAUUCCCUUUGUAUAUGGAAUUUUGGAUGGAAAUGGGAAUUUCACAAGUAACAUGUUACUGCUACAAGAGGAAUCUGGUACUAUUGAAAUAACAUCCGAUGACAGAUUGUUAAAGGGUAACUUUGGCGACAGUGGAUAUUACAGAGUGAACUAUGACAAAGAAACAUGGAAGGUCAUCAUAGAACAACUUACCACUGACCAUCAUAUCUUCCCAGUACGAGACAGGGCUCAGUUGAUCGACGAUGUCUUUUCUUUUGCAAGAGCUGGACUUCUUAAUAUCACCGUAGCUGUUGAAAUUACAAAAUACUUGGAAAAUGAGAGUGAUUUUCUCCCUUGGCUCAUGGCUACUUUGAAUUUAAAACUACCUGACUACCCACAAAACGAAGAAAACUUUGCUGAGCUUAAGUUACGGUUUUGUAAUGUAUCAAGGAAAAAAUUGGAAAUAAUGAGAUACAAUGAGACAGUAAAUUCCUCAACUCGAAAGCUUCGAAAAGUGCUAAAGAAAAGUUCAAAGACUUGUCCUGUGGAUACUUCAUAGAGAAGGUAACCUUUUUUCGGGAUGAAGAGAGAUAUAUAAGUUAAUUUUAGUUGACUAUUUAUAUGUAUUUCUCGAUGAAGGCACGGGUAAGAAAAAGGAUGAAAGUAAUCGGGUUAAAGGAGCGGAUUUGGUGUCAAAAAGUAGGAGAAUGUUAAAGAACACGAAUGAGAGAAUGUUGUGUAGUGAAAGGAAAAAAUGAAACCAAUUCUUCUGUAAUGAUCUUCUUCUCUCAGAUUUUUGGGGAUUAUUUUUGGAGGGGAAAGGAGAUUAAAAAUUAUUUUAUUUUGUUCUCCCCGUGAUGGUUUUAAAACAUUUUUAUAUACAUUGUAUGUUUUAUUUCAGUUUUAUGAAUAGAUGUAGAAAUUGGUUUUCAAUUUAAACAAUCUCGGUUUCUUGUUUUACCAUGUUUUACUUGAUAAAUGUUGGUAGUUGUUAGUGUUCGGUUUUAUUUUCGCCCAUUUAAUUCCUGAGGUAAUCAAAUUGCUUAGCUUAGGAAUUAAUCACAAAACUUACAUUUUGUGCUUCAGAUGUUUUCAUAACUUAAGUAUAACUUUACAGGAAAGAAUUUGGAUAAAAUACUUCCGAUUUUAUGAAUAUAUUUAUUUUUAUUUUAAAGAGAAUGGUAAGCAAGUAUUUUGAGGCCUUUUCUUACGUUAAUUUAACAUUUAAUGGGUAUUGUUAUGAUAAU